AUGGAAGCUCUAAUGGAAGUGCACACGGCCCCUGAGAGGCUGUCGGAUUGGAGAGUCCUCUUGGACUGUGGACGACGACUGGCUAUAAAUGGCAGCGGCACACGUCUAACGGUUGUUUGUCUCCUAAUCACUUUGGGCCUAGACCACAGCCGAGCAGCCACAACAAUCCUGCAUGGCAACGGAGCGGAUUCCAGUGCCAUUUCCCACCAGAGCUUCACUCGAUUGUCGUCAGCGCAGCCGCUAAUCCUCCAGCAUCACGAGCAGCAACAGCAGCCACAUCAGUAUCAGCAUCAUCUGCUUGUUCCUGCUCCAAGGAUUGUCAACAGCCAACACAGAGCCAUUGGGGAGCAGCAGCAGGUUGAACGGUUUUCCCAGGAGGAGGAGCAGCAGCAGCAGGUGACAUCCAUCUCCCACCACCAGACACCCGCCCACCUCACAUACUCCGCUCGUCCGGUGGUGCAUCAGAUGCUGCCCCGGAUUAAGCCUGUGCGAAACAUCAGCUUUGCCUCGCUAAUUCCUGGACCUCGUAGCCUGGCCACUCAAAGGAAUCUGUCACCAGUUUAAAGUGCAAAUC